AACAGAAGCCCACGCGUGGCCUGAGCCUCUCCGCGGUAACCCGGUGUGUGUCCCCCGGUCAGCUGUCAGUAUGUCCCUCCGGUCACUGAGAGCGUUCGUCAGUCAGCGGCUCACCACGGCUGUGGAAGAAAUCAUGGCCAUGUUUGAGAAAACAAUCAGCGAGUACGAACAGGAGCUUGAUGACCGCCGGCGGCUGCUGGGAGCUCAGCAGCUGCCCGCCAUUACCCCCUUCAACACCGACACAGGUGUGUCUCAGGAAAUACAGUCACUGAUUGUCAAUACAAAGAUUCCUUCUAAACAGCAGGAGCUGAGCUGCAGUCUGUACCCUGAGGGCCCAGAGGCUCCUUGCAUUAAAGAGGAACCAGAAGAAGUCUGGAUCAGGCAGGGGCCUCAAGGGCCGGAGGAGGAAGAGAUCCCAGAGUUCCAGUUCGCUCCAGUCUCUGGAGAGAGUGAAGACGAUGAAGAGAAACCUCUUCAUCACAGACUAAAAGAGGAGCAGAGUGAGGCGGAGCCUGCAGUCAGUGGUCCAGCUCAGCAGAAAGAAGCCGGAGCUGUGGGAUCAGAACCUGCCCUGGACUUACAUGUGGCUGAUUUUAUAAAAGCACCUAGCAAUGGUCAGAUUUUCCUUUCAAAGUGUUUGAAAACCGAGACUGAAGACUUGGAUGAUGAUCACAACCAAAAGAUUAAAUAUCAGCCAUUUUUAGACACACAGAAAGACAUAAAAGCUGUGACUCAUAAAAGAUUUCAUAAUCAGAAGGUAUUCCAUAAAUGCCCAGCAUGUAGCAAAACCUUUAAGAACAACACAUAUCUGCAGAGACACAUAACCUGCCACACAGGAGAAAGGCCGUUUCACUGCACCGAAUGUGCCAAGACAUUUAGGCAGAAGGGAAGUUUGCAUAUUCACAUGAGAAAACACACAGGAGAGAGGCCUUUUUCUUGCUUAGUAUGUGGUAAAAAGUUCACCCAAAGUGGAUCGUUAGUUGCACACAUAAGAAUUCAUACAGGAGAGAGGCCUUUCAGCUGCUCAGUGUGCAAGAAAAAGUACAACGAGAGAGGGAGUCUAGUCAGACACAUGAGGGUCCACACUGGGGAGAAACCGUAUUCCUGCUCAUUCUGCGGUAAAAGAUUUAGUGAAAAGGGAAAUCUGAAUAAACACAGCAGAAUCCACACAGGAGAAAGUGUUCAGUUCCAGUGGAUGUGAGAGAAGAUUUAGUGUGCUGUCACACCUCAAAAACCACAGAUGUCCUGGUGAGCAGAGCAGUUUAACUGAAG